AUGUAAUCUUAUUCACGAAUUAAAAAAUUGGGGACAACAUUAAAAAAAAUAAUGACCUUAUAGCAAUAAAACAAUAUUGAAUCAGAUUAUUUAUUAUGGUUUAAGAAGGAGGAAAAAUAUAUCAUUACUGAAUAAGGCAUUAAAAUAGAGACAUUUCAAUUUUUAAGAUUUUCUCUCAAUUAAUCUGAUGAUAAAAAUAUUGAGGAAUAGAAAUGCUUCAAUGAUAAAUAUGGAUAAUUCAAGGAAAUUAAAGCAUUUAAAGGUUAAACUGAGCCAAUCAUUUUGCAGAUCAAACAUAAUAAUUUUAUCAUUGUACAUAUAAGAGAAAAGUAUUAAUAUAUUUAUCACAUUUCACUUGAUAAAGAGAAGAAUCCUAAAUUGGUUUUUUAAGGAAAACAUAAUGUCAAAGCAAAAAUUUUAGUUGAUAAAUACUUAGAACUAUUUUAUGUAGUUUUCUAAGGUGAAGACUAAUUCUUAAUAUCUAUCUAUCAUAUUAAUGAUCUCUUGCAAAAAGUAGAAAAACUAAAACAAUCUCAGUAUCCACUUAAUAAUAAUAACUUUAUCAACCAAAUCGAUUACAUCACUCUUUACAACAGAGAGAUUUUAUUAUUGUUUAAAUAAAGAACUGCAGUCAUAUUUUACUAAAACUUGAGUACCUAUUAAGUUGUUAAUCUGCAAAAACAAAAGAAGUUAUUUUAUUACACUCAAUUCCCAUACACUGAUACUGUAUUAUUGAUGAUUGAAACAGAAAACAAUGAGUUAAUUUUAUUUUAGAAUAAGCAAAACGCUAUUCAAAAUUUAAACAUCAACUUUUAAAUCAGCUUAAAUAAAAUUAAGAUGCUCUCUUUAGAAUCAAUUUAGAAAAUGUUUCUCCUUGAUUUGAUAUAGGAUUUACCUAAUCUCUAAGAGUUUUGUUUUUGGGAUUCAAAUGAUUAUGAAGUAGUAAAAUUGUUAAUCAUUGGAUCUCAAUAAACAGAGGAAGCUACAUCAGCUAUAAUUUUCUGUCUAAAAUACAAGCCUGUUUUUGUUAUAGGAAUUAUCAAAUAUUUGGAAUACUAUUGCUUUUUAAUAGAUUAAGACUUUAAAUAACUAAUCAAUUCAGUUUUUGAAUUAAUACCUGGCUAUCUGAUUGAUAAUCUUACUUAUGAAAUAGCUCAAUAUCCAAACUACAUAAAUUAUCUCAAAUAAUAUCAUAUAAUUUAUAAUAUGGGGAAUGCUUUGUAAUAUGACUGA